AUGGCUUAUUCUUCACAAUCUAAAGAAAUGUAUGUCCUCCCUGGGAUUAUAAUCAUUGGAUCAAUAGUAAUUGCUUUUAUAAUUUUCAGACUCACAAUGCAAGGAUGGUGCGACCUUAUCGAUCACGAACCUACCCUUCCUACAACAGUCAUAUCUUAUGAUGAGAAAUUUUCUGCUUGCAUGAGUUUAGAGUCACAUUCAAUCACAUUCAUGUACAAGGAAGGUGAUGCUGCAGAACAAGGCAUAAACCAGACGGAAUGUGUUAUCUGUUUAUCAGUCUUUCAAGAAGACGAAAGUGUUCGGAAGCUUCAUAGUUGCAAGCAUGUGUUUCAUACAUCUUGCAUUGAUAAGUGGCUUGGUUCUCAUUCGGGAUGUCCGCUAUGUCGCUCUAAGAUUGAUCAAGUAACUUCGCCAAAUGAAUCAUUGGCAAACGAUCACACGAUUGUGGCCAUUGUUGACUCCAGAAUUUGA